AUGGGGGAGAUGGCUGAAAAACUAAAUUUGGCCCUUCCUUAGAAAGAAAUAGGGCAUUUCAUAGCAGAAAAGGCAAGUGAUUUAUCUAAUCUAAUGAGUGGAUCAAAUGGAAGAGAUAAAAUAUGCGCCCUUGUCCAGUAUACUGUCCAACUUUACUCUCUUUGCAUGCGGCAUUCAGAUGAACUAUGGAGUGAAGAAUCAGAAUAUGUUAAAGUAUCAGAAAGGAUUGUAGACAACAUCUCCCUAGGCAGAAAAAUAUUUAAAUUUUUGAAGUUUCUAGAACCGCUUAAAAAAUUGCAUGAAUAUCAUACUUCAGAAAGAAAUCGCAAGCCUGUUAUCAUAAGAGUUUUGCAAACCUUCUCAUUUAUUUUCGCUUUCUAAUUAUACUUGAGUGAUAAUAUUCUUUGGCUAGCAAAUAUGGGAAUAAUUAAGAAGAUGAUAUUCUAAAAAGUAAAGUGGAAGAGGCUGAAAGAUUUUUUUGCGCUGUGGAAGAAUGUCAUUGAGAUCAUUAAAUAUGUACUAGAGUAGCUUAGAAAUUUGAAGAAGUAGCAUGAUGUUAAGGCAAGAAUGGAAUAAUUAAACGAAGAAGUGAUUACUCAGAAUUCAGAAGCUCAUGAAUUGGUUAGGAAGCUAAUUAUUCUAAGACAGAAAUUGAGAUACACAUACGUUGCUAUAUUUUAGAACUCAUUGAGAAUAUUGAUGUUGCUAUUUAGAUUAAGGAUGCCAAUCAUUAGUGAUUUUGUUCAUCCAAUCACUGUUUCUAUUUGUGGAAUUAUUUCUAAUUAUUUAGGAAUUCUUAAGCUUUUCAAGGAAAGUAAAAGGCUGGUAAAGCUUAAGAAAGUUGAUAAUAGAGACUAAUCUGUAAGAAUAUAAGAUUCUUAAAUUGUAGCAGAAUUUAGUGAUAAUCUGAUAUCUUUUUUUGAUAGAGGAACAUAUGGAAAUAAUUCUCAAGAUAAACUUAAAAUAGAACAGAAUAGCUACCCAUAUGAUUUGAGUUAUUAAAUAGCCUAGGUUAAUUUACCUUCUGCAACUAACAAGAGAAGAAAUGAGGAAAAUUAAAAGAGUCAAUUCAAAAGAGAUUAAAAUAAAGCAACUGUUGAGCUUGAAGACUAUAACUCUCAAAAUCCAACUUUAAUAGAGUAAAAUCUGAAAAGUUAAGAUAAAGAAUAAAGCUUUAGAAAUAGCAACUUCAACAGUAAGUAAUCUGAGUAAAAGAUUAAAAAUCAGAGAUAGAUUGACUUCAAUGACUCUGAUGAUUCAAAUUCAUUAGAAGGAAGAGGUUAUCCAAUUGAAAUUAAUGAAGGAGAUGAUGAUACUGAAUAAAUAGAAGAAAGUGAACCUAUUAUCCAAGAGGACUAUCAAAUAUCAUAGUAGCUUUCCCCAGAGGAGGAGUAGAUUGAUGAAAUAUAUGAUAAAAAUGCUAGAGAUCCAAAAUAUAAGCUUUAUUCCUUGAGAAGAAACAGUACAGCUCAUUACUUAUCUAUGAUGAAAAUGAACCCUGAUAAAGACCCAAUGUUAAGGGAAAUUAAUUCCAACUCAAACAAUCUGUGA